UGUUGGAAAAGUACGUGAAAUUGAAUAAAGUUCCAACCGUUGCAGUGGUUGGGGAGUCGACCACACGUUUCGUUGGACGUCUUUCUAGCACGGCUGUCAUCUACGGGAAAACUUUUAAACUUACCAAUCUCUCUCGAAAAGACCUACAUCUGAGUGUCGCUCCAAUAGACUGGCCGGAGCACAUCCAACUUCUCCAUCCAAUUUCAUCAACAAUUUUAACUCCAGGACAAACCAGGGACAUGGCGGUUACGGUAACACGUUCGAGUGAAAGUGUUGCUUCGGAAUGCCACCUGUUAUCUAUUGUUCACCGAAAGACUACAAUGUCCCACGUUCUUACAUUCAAAAUUGACGCGAUGGCAGUACAUCACCAAGGCCCGCUUCUAACAGAGCUCUACACACCUGAGGAAGUGAAAAUGAUCACCACAUUCCGUCCAGUUUUGGAUCUUCCACGUCCACUAGACGAAAGCCAUCAACAGCCAUCAGAUGAGGCGGAAGCUACUGAGACAGUCCAUACAGUUGUCAAUAUGUUGAAGGAUGAAGUCGAUAGCAUGUGCACUGGUAUCAUUCCACAACAGAAGGUUGAAGCUGAAGGUGUGCAAACAGUUGUUGGUGCGGGCGUGACUGAGACUGUUGCUGCAAGUGUGACAGAGUGCAAGCAGCUGACUGAAAGCGUUCACACUGCGAUUGAGGAAGAUGCUGAAGAGGAAUGCAUAGUCAGUUGA